AUGCCUUGUUUGCGAGGCAUCGAACUGUCUCUCGUUAUUCAACCAGAUUCGGUGCUGCUACCAGAAUUCCCACAUCCUGAUGCCUCCUCAGUUCACGUUGCAUCUGUUGUUGAAGCUUCUCAGAAGGUCCAAGAAAAUGAUGUGAGUUCUCCUGGCUUGGACUCUCCUCGGAUCCAAAAGACAGCACCAAGAGCCUCCGUUUAUGUCACUUCUGCACCUGGUUCGCAAUUUUGGGUGCAAUAUUCCAUUCAUCGUCAUCCAGAGCCCUCAUGUUACCUUUUCUUUAAGCUGUUCAUGAACGGCCGAAACAUUACUAGUUGUGGGAUUAAACCUGGUACAGCAUCAGGCACAAUCACACGAGCCCUCUUUGAGCCAAGUGACAGAUGGCACUUGAAGCAAGAUGGAAUGCUGCUCAAACGAAGCGGGAUUGAAUCAAGGUCCUUUUGUUUUUCUCCGGGCCCUGAUGCUAUUGCUGCAGCCGAUGACGGAGGCCUAAUCGAAGUCCAAGUCUUUCGAGCAAAAAGCCGCCGGAGAAGCACUCCGCAAUUGACUGAACACCGAGAUCAAGAACGAUAUGGGAUAAUAUCGCCUUCAACUGGACUCCUUGAGCAUCCUGAAGAUGCAAUUUACUACGAAUGGAUUUUACAGGACGCGACGGAUGCACCAUUUGCGACAUUUUGUUUCCACUAUCGUGCUUGGAGCUAUCUGUGCGAUCUCAAUCUUGUCCCUGAGAAUGACAACUCCCUGUUAUACAAUGCCAGACUAUGGGAGAGAUUUGAAAAUAUUCGACACGAAGCCACUGCGGAUGUUGAGCGGAAUGAUGAAUUAACGGCUUCCCACGUAGAGUCGGACCUGGAGUAUCUUAGCAAUGAUGAUAUAGGGGCUGUUGCACCACGUCCUAGUUACGUUCGUCACCAUUCACAAGCUAUCGUUCACCAAAAGGAGGAACAACAUAUCUUGGAGGUACACAACAGCCUACCAUCACUCAGUAAGGGAAGAGUCACACCCCCAAGAAACUCAUUCAAGAAGUCGUCGAACUCAUAUACCCACUUAGCCACAUUUGUGCUUCUCCCACCGGUUAUGGAGGAAGACGUAUUCACAAGUUCCUACGAACCAUUUAGGAACCAAAGGAUGGCUGCAUCUCCAUACCGCUCCUUGGCCAGACAAAACCACUACUCGGGCUUCCGUCGGCCCCUCCCAACAGUGAAUGAGGUACCAAAACUCGAAUGA